UGAAAACAUAUAAGCAGGAUAAGGGAAAAUCCCUAAUUGGAGUCCCUGUUGUGCAGAAAUUUUUAUACAACAGAAAAUUUUGUGUUGCAGUCCAUUGUUAGGUUCGCAAUGGAGCAGAAUUCCUCCUUUUUUGCAGAAUUUUUAGAUUUUUAGAUUUGCAGAAAUCUUGUUGUGCAGAAAUUUUUAUACAGCAGAAAUUUUUGUAUUACAGAAUUUGUAUCGCAAUGGAGCGGAAUUCCUCCUUUUUUGCGGAAUUUUUCAUAUUGUAGAAUUUUUUAGAAUUGCAGAAAUUUCGUUGUGCAGAAAUUUUUAUACUGCUGAAAUUUUUGUAUUGCAGAAUUUUUCAAGUUGCAGUCUAUGUUAGGUGCGCAAUGGAGCAGAAUUCCUCGAGUGUGAUAGGAAAUUUGGGGGAAAAGGGGUCGAUGGUUGAAGAGAAAGAGAGAGUUCAUUAUUUUUAAUUGAGUUUUAAUGGGGUAUAUUUUUAACCCAAACAUAGGCUCAUAUCCGUUAGUUUUGCAAACCCUGUUAAGGGAUAGACUAUAUUUGUCCAGUUUUACAAAGAUAAGGGAUAUUUAUAUUUAAUGGUAUAGAUAAGGGAUAAAAAUAAUCCUAUAGGCAUAGUUAAGGGAUUUUCUAAGUCUUCUCCUCUAAUUUAUAGACAGUUUUGGUAGUUCGUCAAAUAAUUAAUUAUAAAGAACGGGGAAAGUGUUUAUGUAUACUAAUUGUCAUUUACAUGUCGCGUUUCUGCUUUGUUUAAAAUCGAUUUGACUAUAGGGUUUUAAAGGGCAAGAGCAUAACCCCAAAAUCCACCGACAUACUUUCCAUUGAUCAUGGCGGAGCACUUGGCUUCCAUCUUCGGCACGGAGAAGGACAGAGUCAAUUGUCCUUUCUACUUCAAAAUUGGUGCUUGCCGUCACGGUGACCGUUGCUCUCGCCUCCACACCAGACCUACCGUUUCUCCCACUCUCCUCCUCUCCAACAUGUACCACCGUCCAGACAUGAUCACCCCUGGCGUCGAACCCCAAGGCCAGCCUCUCGAUCCCCGUAAGAUCCAGGAACACUUUGAGGAUUUCUACGAGGACAUUUUUGAGGAGCUUAGUAAGUUCGGUGAGAUCGAGAACCUCAAUGUCUGCGAUAACCUCGCCGAUCACAUGAUCGGAAAUGUUUAUGUUCAAUUUAAAGAGGAGGAUCAUGCCGCUGCCGCUUUGCAGGCCCUCCAGGGCCGAUUUUACUCUGGCCGCCCUAUUAUUGUCGAUUUCUCCCCUGUCACUGAUUUCAGGGAGGCUACCUGCCGUCAGUAUGAAGAGAACGACUGCAAUCGUGGAGGUUAUUGUAAUUUCAUGCAUGUCAAAAUGAUUAGCAGGGAACUAAGGAGGAAGCUUUUCGGCAAGUACCAUCGACGUCGGGGUAGCCGCAGCAGAAGUAGGAGUCUGAGCCCGCAUCACCGGAGGGACUAUGACAGGCCUGACCGUCGUGACUACCGUGAUUCCCGGGAUCGUGACCGCAGUGGUAGAAGAAGCCACAGGAGAUACGACAGUGAUGGUCCCAGAAGGAGAAGUAGGAGUCCCAGGCCGAGCAGGAGCCCUAUUAGGGAAGGGAGUGAGGAACGCAGAGCUAGAAUUGAACAAUGGAAUCGAGAAAGAGAGGAGAGGCAAAUCUGAUGUUUUUCUGAUUGAUGUCUUCUGUCAUCCAUUUUGGAAUUAAAGCUGCUUUGCGCAUUUUGUUGUUAAGGAUGCUGAUGUGGUACCCUGCUUGUGACUUCACCUAUGGAGCAUAUAUUGGAGAUGUAAUCAUGAACAACUUGCUGCAUUGCAGGAGCAUUUAUUCUAGGGACACAGAAGCGAUAUGAAGAAACUGAUAUUUAGUUUAGUUGCUUGCUAUAUUUUAGACCCUAUCAGGACCGAAUUAUUAAAUUGAAUAUGAAGCAUUGACUUCUGCUGCUGCUCUGAUACAGAUCUUUGCAUAGUAUAAAUAUCGCAAUUAGUUUUCUUU